CAGCUCUCAAAAGAGCAGUUGAAUACAAAAGAGUUUACUUCGUGGCCUAAUAAUUGGGUAUACUAAAGAGCAUAUUGACCUGCGAAACAUGGUUAUUUUGAGUAAGGCAGGAUAAUGACAGUAUAGGCGGCACGAACGUCUUAAAUGCCCUCCACAUUUUGUUUUUUAAAUUUUGUUUGAGGACCAGCUUCUCAAAUUUGUCGUCGCACUUUUCGUCAAUAAACAAUUGAACCGCCGACGACAUUUUGAGAAAAGAUGUGAUGAAUUCAUGCUCAAGUUUACAAGUUAAUCAUUCGUUAAUUACCAAAUUUUCGAAUGUUCCAAAGUAAGGGUUAUAUUGAACGUCGACAUGGGAAGAACGGAACAGAUCGCGCCUACCACCUGAAACAAUUAGUGCAGGAGUACAAAACAACAAACAACAAAGAAGCGAAACAGCAGGUUCUAGCCAAUUUAGCCAACUUUGCUUAUGAUCCAAUCAACUAUGACAGCCUAUGGGAUCUGAAAGUGAUCGACCUGUUUCUCGAAGCGACGUCGAAUGCAGAUCAACUUCUGCAAGAGUUUGGUUUAGGAGGAAUUGCAAAUAUAUGUUUGGGUAUGCACUUAUUUUCACUUUGACUUGUCAGUCUAAAGUUUUUAAGGCACUGAUUGGUAAUAUUUGAUAGAACCUCGGCACUACGCUUAUCUUAUGUCAGACGCAUCUCGACAACAGAUGUUAAUUCUCUGUCUGGAUACAGAGUUUUCUCCAGCUGUGCAAAUCAAUGCCAUGACAAUACUUAUGCAACUCAUUACGGAAGAAAAUCACAAAAGUACUGUGCCAAUAAUGUUUGGUUGGUUGACAAAAAAAAAAGCUCAUUCUCAUUUUUAA